AUGACCAUGGUGUUCAAGUCUGUGAGUGAUCUCUUAGGGAUCAGCGAGACGGCACUACGGCUACUAGCAGGUUUACUCUUUACUCCAGUGUUUGCGAUAUUGUACAGAAAAUUUAUACUGAACGUCAAAGCGAACGCUAUCGUUCACCACCUCUACUUCACAAUUGUUGGCCUGUCAAUCUGCUAUUUCUGCUAUGGAUGGCAUACUGUAUACAUCCUGGCAUCGCUCAUUGCAUUUUACGUGAUUCUGAGGCUUUGUGAGCUGUUGAAGAGUCCCCACGUGGCUCCUGUUUUCAUAUUUCCUUACUCGAUGUCUGUACUACUGGCAGGAUAUGUUGUCUACUCGACUGAUGAGUAUGACGUCAAUUGGACAACAGUGCAAUGUGUAGUGACCUUGAAGAUGAUUUCGGUCGCAUUUGACUGGUCCGAUGGACAGAAGAACGACUCGCAAAAGAGUGCUCAUCAGAAAGAGGCAUCACUCAAACAACUACCUUCUCUCGUUGAAAUUUUGGGAUAUUCGUUUUACUUUGGUGGCCUUCAGGGUGGCCCGACCUUUCAGUUCAGACGAUAUCAAGAGUUUACAGAUGGCACUUUGUUUUCUCACCCUAUCCCAUCGUCUACGUUACCCGCAGUUAUACAGUUUUUGAAAGCCAUUUGUUACCUUGCUCAAAAUGUGCUGAUGGAUAUGGUCUUUCCGGACAAAUAUGUCUAUUCUGAUGAUUUAGAUGGUUAUCAUUUUCUUGUUCAAGUCGCAUUUAAUGCGUUUUGGUUGAGGAAAGUUUUCACUCGCUAUGUUGGUAUCUGGUUGCUUGCAGAUGUGUCGUGUGUCCUUUCUGGCAUGGCAUAUAAUGGUAAAGAUGAGAAAUCUCAGGAAGACAGAUGGGAUGGAAUGUGUGCUGUCAAACCACUUUUGUUUGAAACGGGAUGUACUACUCAAUCGUUCAUCGAUAGUUUUAAUAUCUGGACGAAUCGUUGGGUAAUAAAUUACAUUUUCAAACGUCUUCGAUAUUUCAACAGUCGACUGUUAUCGUCAAGUGCUGUACUUUUAUUUCUGUCUAUUUGGCACGGGUUUCAUCGUGGCUACUUCCUCUGUUUCUUGUGCACUGAGAUGCCGGUUGUGAUGGUAGAGAAACAAGUCAUCGAUAUAUGCACUCCUUUUCUUCCACCGUGGCAGCAUAUGGGAAUUGUUAUGAAGACAAGUAUCUACUGCAUUGGAAUGUGCUACAAGUUUGUUGCGACCUCAACUGGAAUGAUAGCAUUUGUUCUCUUGGAUACACAGCUUAUCAUAAAGGGAUGGGCAAAAACCUAUUAUUUUGUUCAUGUAUUUUUGCUUGUCUGGUUUUGUACUAAGUUUUUUGCCGAAUGGAUCACGAAGUUUGUGAGAAGAAAUAAGGACAAAAAGUUGUAUGAACGCCCGGCGGCCAUGUCGCAUUAUUGCAGAGGUCAAUUUCCCGGAUAUAUAGACUAUAAAGGUGAUGAUAUCGAUGGCUUUCGAUUUCAAAUCGCCUUUGCUCUGAUAUAUCGCAGUCUAAUUCUGGAAGCCAGAGUGAAUGCUGUCGUUCACCACGUGUACUUCACUCUCAUUGGUCUCUCAGUCAGCUACUUCUGCUACGGAUGGCACACUGGAUACAUUGUAGCAUCACUAAUUGGCUUCCAUUUAAUAGUAAAUGCUUGUAAGCUCGUGAGAAUGCCCAGUCUUGCGCCAAUACUUAUCUUUCCUUACUCUAUGUCUGUGCUCAUAUCAGCCUACUACGUCUAUGCGACUGAUGAUUAUGACGUCAAUUGGACUACAGCGCAGUGCAUAGUGACGUUGAAGAUGAUUUCUGUGGCGUUCGAUUGGUCUGACGGCCAGAGAGAUGAAUCGAAACUGUCAGUUCGUCAGAAAAAGGUGGUCCUUGCUGAAUUGCCUUCUUUCCUCGAGGUGUUGGGCUAUACUUUUUAUAUUGGUGGAUUUCAAUGUGGUCCUACAUUUCCAUUCCGACGAUACAAGGAGUUUGCAGAAGGCACUUUGUUUUCUCACUUUCACUCUAUCCCUUCGCCUGUUGUACCAGCAGUCUUACAGUUCCUGAAGGCUGUUUUCUAUCUCGCUCAAAAUCUGGCGAUGGAUGUUGUUUUUCCAGACAAGUAUAUCUACUCUGAUGAUUUGGAUGAAUACGGUCUUGUUGUUCGUCUAGUUUUUAAUUCAAUCUGGUUGAGGAAGAUAUUUAUUCGUUACAUUGGCAUCUGGUUGCUGGCAGAUGUGUCAUGUGUUCUCUCGGGCGUGGGAUAUAAUGGCAAGGACGAAGAAUCGGGCAAGCAUAAGUGGGAUGGGGUGUGUGCGGUCAGGCCAUAUUUGUUUGAAACAGGACGUACAAUUCAAUCAUUUAUCCUGAGUUUUAACGUUCAGACUAACGAAUGGGCAAUGAAUUACAUCUUCAAGCGUCUUCAGUUUCUGAACAGUCGUUUCGUAUCUUCUGCUGCUGUUUUAUUGUUUUUUUCUGUGUGGCAUGGCUUCCAUUUUGGAUAUUUCUUUGGUUUUGUCUGCACUGAGCUGUUCGUCGUACUAGCAGAGAAACAGAUCAUGGAGACUUUUAAACCAUACCUUCCACCAUGGGAAAACAUGAAUAUGGUCACGAAGACCAUGAUCUACUCUACUGGAAUGUUUUGGAAGCAUGUUGCUCCAUCUUCUGGAAUGAUCGGCUUUGUUCUACUGGAUAUAAAUCGCACUCUCAUUGGAAAUGCAAAAACGAAAUUUGCAGUUCACAUCUUUGUGCUGCUUUGGUUUAUUGCUAAACCGCUCAUAACUCGAGCAUUGAAGAGUUUGAGCACUUAUGAAGAACGAAACAAGACUCAUGUGAUGUGUCUACAUUUUACAACCAUCCCAUUCAUGUUCGUUUAUCCCAUUUUGCCGCAUGACCCACAACCACAUCUACUCGAUCACUCAAGUGUUUUCAGCAGGAGUGUGCUUCGAAUUAUGCCAACCAGAUUGAGCGCUCUCGCUGAUUCCGUAGGGGCCAGCGAGACGGGACUGCGUCUACUCAUCACUCUUCUCGUUUCUCCUUUCUUUGCGCUCGUUUACCGAUUUUUUGUACAGGACAGGCUCGCAGUCCGAUCGAAACCGGUCGUUCAUCAUCUCUUCUUUACAUCCAGCGGUUUGUUCAUCUGCUGGUUUUGCUAUGGAUGGCAUACUCUCUAUGUAGUUGCGACAGUCGUGUGCGUCAGUCUGGUUCUGCGUGUGCUGGAGUUGUUGAAACGUCAUGACUUGGCACCGCCUAUUAUAUUCAUAUCUGCAAUGGGUGUUCUUCUGUCUGGCUAUCUGAUGUAUGAAACGGCCGACUACGAUGUUAAUUGGACGACAGUCCAGUGCGUGUUGACGCUUAAAAUGAUUGCAGUGGCGUUUGAUUGGUCUGAUGGAAACAGAGAUGCGUCGAUGUUGAGUGACAAUCAGAAGCAGGUCUGUUUCUCAGAGAGGCCGACACUGUUUGAACUCUUGGGGUACUCUUUCUAUUUUGCGGGAGUUCAGGUUGGACCCUUUUUUCAGUUCAAGCGAUACAAACAAUUCACGGAAGGAUAUCUGUUCGCUGGUCCAAUUCCAUCUUCGAUUAUAGCAGCUGGAAUUCAGUUUUUUAAAGGCAUUCUGUUUCUUGCUCUUAAUGUCUUGUUGGGCUUAUAUGUUUCGGAUGUUUACCUUUAUGGGGAUGAUUUGGAGUCCUACCCUUUUGUUGUACGGCUAUUUGUGAAUAUGUUGUGGGUCCAAAAACCAUUUGCUCGUUAUGCAGGGAUUUGGCUUAUUACCGAGUCUUCGUGCAUAUUAUCGGGGAUGGGAUUUAAUGGAGUCGAUAGGGAGACAGGAGAGCACCUCUGGGAUGGCAUGCGUAAUGUCAGGCCAGUUGAGAUGCAAACCAGCUUGACUCUUCAUUCCAUGAUCCCAACCUUCAAUGUGGCAACAAACGGCUGGCUUUUGAGAUACAUUUACAAACGACUUCGUUUCUUGAAUAGCAAAUUUGUGUCUACGUUUGCUGCUCUCGUGUUCCUCGCCAUGUGGCACGGUUUCCACGCUGGUUACUAUCUUGGGUUCCUUCUGAUAGAACUACCCGUUCUUGUGACUGAAAGAGAAAUCAUUGACCUAUUCCAACCAUACUUUCCACCAUGGGAGAAAAUGAGCUUAUUAACUCGUGUUGUUUUUACCUGUUUCGGACAAUGCUGGAAGUGGACAGUCGCCAUGUUUGGAAUGGUAGGCGUUAGCCUUUUUUCUGCUGACCUGGUCAUACGGUCAUGGGCUAAAGCUUACUUCAUUGUACCAAUUGCAUGCCUCGCUUGGUUUUCAAGUCGAUCAAUAGUAAAAGCAAUAUUGAAGUCGAGAUCUCCACGUAAACAGCUGAAGAAAGAUUCUUGAGAUUCUGUAGUCAACUGACAUGUUGGGAUAACAGCAGUGUUUGCUGGAUACAAGAUAUAUGUAACAUUGUGUUGUACCAACUGUAAUUAUACUGCAACAAUACACCUACAUGGUAUACCAACAGGUAUGUUCAAUAUGUAUGUAACAGUGUAUGUAUGCGUGUGACAUCUGUGGCCAUGCGUGUGCAGCUCAAAUUGGAUUGUUCUGAUACAGACAAACCCAUGCCUGACAGAUUUGCCUUAUUCAAUGACUCAACCAUCAUGUAUGUAUG